GGCACGCUUCCUCCCAACACGCGCGGGAUUUUGCAGCUUGCGACUGGAGCAAACCAUACUCUCGCAUUGUUGGAUUUUGAUGACAGUCGAAGGGAGCUUUUGGGAUGUGGAGACGGACGCCAAGGGCAGCUGGGUCCUGAACACGUGGGACAGUUGACAAAAUUCACGCCGAUCAGUUGUCUCAUCGCUGCCGCUUGGGAGAUGUCAUACCUUCACAUGCGAACUGUUCUCAAUAAUGAACAUAUGUUCAUUGGCUGGGGGCUGACGGCCAACUAG